GCCGCUUCAAGCGCAAGAAAUUUCCGGCAGCGAUUCUGGAUCAGCGCAGAGAUUUUUGCAAAAUGGCCCAUGCCGGUGAGCAGUGUUCGGCGCUGCAAGCGCCCUAGCAGUCCAGAACCGGACUUUUAGGGCUAGGAAAUUAACCCUUCUUGCGACUGAGCCGGACCUGUGACGCGGCAAGCCCCAAGUAGGCGGUUUAGACGCCUUUUAUACGCGACCCCACUGCACGACGUCGUAAGUGCCGGACGGACGCGUACGACCUGCUCCGCGCGCGGAGCCAGUAGCCUGCGCCUCCGUCCGUGGCGACCCGGCCCCGCGCCGGCGCUCCGCCGAGCGCUUGGCCUCAAGGCGAGGCAGCGCAUCUGCGAAGAAUUUCGGGCUCAGAGAGGCAGGUCCCCUCCUUGCCGCGUCUCUCGCUCGCCCCUUUAUACCUGAAUCACUUCCCAAGAUACUACUUAAGAUCAUUGGCAGCUGCGGAGGCUGCCCGAGGCCCGGUGACGCACUGGUCGUGGGGUGCGCUUGCGCAUUUGCCAGGACGCCCGGCAGUGAGGGCCCUGCCAGCUCCUAGCUCCACAACUCCCAGUCCACCUGCCUGGUUCCUCUCCUAGCACCACCCUCGGCACGUGAUGCACUACCCGGGCAUGCAGUCGGCGGGGGACGCCAUCAACUCCGCCGACACGCAGAACCUCAUCGCCAGCAUCGCCGAUAUCCUGCAGGGCACCACUGCCGCCAUUCCACCCGGGCCACCGCUCGGUGGGCCCACGCCCGCCGGCGCUGGCGGCUCGCCCGGCCGCGCAGCGGCCGACGCCGCCAACGCCGCUGCCGCCGCGGCAGCGGCGGCCAGCGCCAUGCCCAACGGCCUCAUGCUGCUGCCGCACCAGCUCGGCGGGAUACCCGGCUUUCCGGGCAUCAACCUCAACGACCCCAACCUAGCGCCCUACCUGCAGCUAGCCUCCAUGGGCGCCUCCGGCCUAGCCAUGGAUCCCAGCCUGCAACAACUCAUGUUCGCAAUGCCGGGCCAGCCCGGCGGCCUGCCGCUCAACUCGCUGGCGUCGCUGCUGGUGGGCACGGGCGUGGAGCUGGACCCCAGCGCGGCGGCGGACCUGGCGGCUGGCGGGCUGAUGGGCGGCGGCAAGCAGGGCCAGCUGGCCGGCCAGAAGCGGCCGGCGGACAUGGCGGCGGGCGGCGCGUACAAGCGCGAGCGGUCGGAGGAGGCGGGCCGCGGGCGGGAGCAGGGCAAGUGCCACGUGGAGGGCUGCACGGUGGACCUGGCCUCCGCUGGCCCUUACUACCAGCGCUACCGCACCUGCGAGCUGCACCUCAAGGCGCCCUACAUCAUCAAGGACGGCAUGCAGCAGCGCUUCUGCCAGCAGUGCGGCCGCUUCCACGAGCUGUCCGAGUUCGACAACAACAAGCGCAGCUGCAGAGCCAGGCUACACAGCCACAACCAGCGGCGGCGCAAGCGCACGGAGGAGCAGAUGGCUAACCAGGGUGCGGACGGCGCCGGCGGCGGUGGCCACGGCGGCGGCGCCGCGUCCGGCUCUCUCCAGGCCGGCGGCGGCCUCAUGCAACCCGGCGCCGCCGCCAAUCUCGGGGCACAGAUGGCGGCACUGGGCGCCCACGGGCUGCUGGGCGGCGUAGGCGCGGGCGCGCCCAACCUAAACGACAUCCUCAACAGCAUGGGCGGCAUCACGCCGGACCUGCUGGCCAGCAUGACUGACCCAACAAAGGUCGCGCCCGGCGACCUGGCCGCGUUGCUUUCGAUGUCGCCGGCGCUUCUGGGCAGCCUGGGAAUGGGCGCGCCCGACGCCAACGCGGCCCUGUCGCUGGCGCUGGCGGCGGCGGGCGGUGGCGCUGACGCGCUGGGCCAGCCCCUGUUGGAUUCCAUCUUCAAGGGCGCCGGCGGCGGCGCGCCUGGCGGCGGCUUGGCGCCUGGGGACCUUGCAGGAAUGGACCUGCAGCAGCAGCUGGCGAUGGCGCUGGCGGGCACUGGCGGCGCGAUGCCGGACCAGGCGAGCAUGGAGGCGGCGCUGGCGGCGGCGGCGGCGGCCAUGGACCCGCACGCACUGGCGGCGGCGGCCGCGGCGGCGGGCAUGUCGCACCACCAGUUGGCGGGGCUAGGCCACCACCACCACCAUCAGCAGCACCACCAUCACGACCCCAUGGGCGGAGGCGGGCAUCAUCUCGGCGGCCACCACGGCGACGGCUCCAUGUGAGAGGUGGCGGCGGCGUGGAGUGGGGGCGGGGGAAGGAGCGGGGAGCAGAAGGAAUGCAGCGGGGAGGUGGGGCACACGUGUGUGGUGGUGGAGAGGGUUCUGUGGAUGUGAGUUGGGGGUCAAAGGGUGUUGGGGUGUAGCGAGGGUUGGGUUUGGGGCGGCUGUUUCAUGUGUGUUUAUGCAAUGGGUUGGCCGUGUUCAGUUUGUUCGUGGUCGUAAAAAACAUGAUUGCAGAGGGUCGGCAUGUUUGAUGUAUGCUCGUGCUAUCGCCGUGGUGUGUGUGCGGUGGUGCGUCUGCGGCGCACAUCGGGAAUGCGCGCCGCACCACCAGCACGUCAAUUGUUUGUUUGCUCCUUGCAUGAUAGGAUACUGCAGGCAAGCACGUACCAGAAGAGCACGGGGGGAUACUUGACACACGAGCACGCUGCUGUAGCGCAUGACGUGCGGCAAUUUGGUACUGGUUGUGAGGUGUUGAGCGACAUCGCUCAUGUUAGCAGGACAUUGAAACUAGUCUGUGGCAACCAAGAGCCCAGCAAUGGUGCAGGCGCCGGUAGCCACAGCCAGGGCAAAUAAACUGCCUGGGUCUGUGCAGGCGGGUACUGCACAGGACGUGCCGGGAAGCUCCCAGGGUGCAUGCGCAUAGGCUUGGAGGCGACUCCGGGUGCCGCCGUGCUGAAGGUGUGGCCUGUAAGUUGCCAGAAAGCCAGAGCUAAAACCAGUGCCCACGGAUGGUGGGGAUUGCGCGUGCGGGGCUGAAUGACUGCGGCUAGGCUCUGCGCAGUUAGGAGGACCACACGCCCGCUUCUGC